UCUCCUUCUAGGAACUGGGCUUUUGUGUUCCCUUUUUGGAGAAAAUUGGAGGAGGCUUAUGCCUGUGGAUGCUGAGUGUUACAGAACAAGACAAAUGGCCUGAGCUAAGAGACAGGCAUCCCCAACCCUGUGAGUGAAAAUGGCUGCAGAAAUCCCAGCAGCCUCUCUGGGUCUCCAGCUCCAGUGGGCAGCAGAGGCCGGUGCGGAGACAGGAAUUAAAACGGAGCAGGCGGAAUUGGCAAGGCUGGCGCCAGAGAUGGCACCGGAAGGGACUGUCUGCCUUGGGGGCACAGAGGGACUGCAUCCGAGCUGGACGGAGCCACAACGUAUCAAAGAGGAGUCGGAAGAGGAGCUCUCGUCCCGGCAAUGGGAAGCCCAGUGGCAGGAAUUCCUCCGGACUGUGCAGGCCCCACACUCUGGGGGAGAAGGAAGCCCACAGCUCCCAGGGGAUGGGGCAUGGGGCGAGGCGAAGCCUUCUGGGUCCUCCUUUGAGGGAGCAGCCAUUCCCAGCCAGUGGGCUGGAGCAGGAGACAGCAAGACCAGUCUGCCUCCAGGAACAGCUCAGCCGGCUGCUUCCAGACCAGCCGCUGCCAGCCAGGGAAACAUCGGGCAAGCAAAGGAAAUCAAGACGGAGGACGUCAGCAGCUCUGAGGCUCAUCGCCAGCUCUUCAGGCAGCUCUGCUACCAGGACGCCCAGGGCCCUCGCAAGGUCUACGGGCUCCUGAGGGAGCUUUGCCAUCAGUGGCUGAGGCCAGAGCAGCACACCAAGGAGCAGAUCCUGGACCUGGUGAUCCUGGAGCAGUUCCUGGCUGUCCUGCCCUCGGAAAUGGGGAGCUGGGUGAAGGAGCGAGGCUCAGAGGGCUGCAUCCAGGCCCUGGCCCUGGCAGAGGAAUUCCUCCUCAGGCACCAGGAGGCGGAGAAAGCGGGAGGGCAGGGACUGAGGACCAUUGCAGAGGCGGCUGCUUGUGUCACCGAAGGAGAAAAGCAGGGAAACAGGGUGACUUCAGGUGUUGGCGGAGAAAGCGAUCAAGAUGGCAAAACGCUGAAAGGGGAAACUGAGGCAAAGCAGGUGUGGAAGACAAAACGUGUCGCUCCCAAAGGCGACGAUGUGCAUGAAGUUCAGAUCAAAGAAGAAUAUUGCGUUGGAAACGACAGGACUGAAUUCCCUCUAUGUGCAAAAACUUAG